UACUUUGUUUCAAGUUGACAGCAGCUAUUGGACAAUACUGUGCGAGCACUGGUAAUGCUGAUCAUUCUACUUGACCUAAGAACUAAAGACAUUAUAUGACAGCCGUAAUCGGAUUUCUCUCAUCACGCGUGUGAACUUCUUACUGUUUUCAGGCUCUGGUUUUAGGCACUGAUGGCAGAGAUGGAAAAUGUGUCGUAUGUACCUUUGAAGCAGCCCAUAGUGUUCAUAGUAGAAGGUUUCAUCAUAACCAGGCAGCAGGGGUACCCCUUGUUUGUAGCCUGUCUCAUCGUAUACGCCAUGAUGCUGCUGGGAAAUAUCACCAUGGUUACAGUGAUAGCCACGGAUGCCAAGCUCCACAAGCCCAUGUACAUGAUGAUGUGCAACCUGGCAGUGUGCGAUCUGCUCGGGGGCACGACGGUCAUGGCCCAGCUGAUGUCACACUUCCUAACAGGGGAUAAAACCAUCGGCUACGUGGCAGCAAUAGUCCAGGCCUUCUGUGUUCACACGUACGGCUUGGCUGUUGCCACCAUUCUAUCCGCCAUGGCGUACGACCGCUACGUUGCCAUCUGCCAGCCGCUGCACUACCACGCCAUCAUGACCACUACGAGGCUGGUUUCGCUGUGUUUUCUGGCCUGGUUCAUCGCAGUCUGCAUAGUCGUGAUCCUCCUCAUUCUGAACGUGGGAACUCCAUUGUGUGGGACAUUAAUCAUACACGUCUACUGCAGUAAUGGAGCCAUUCUGAGGCUGGCAUGCAUACCCACCCCCAUCAACAACAUCUACGAUUUGUGUUCACUUUGGUCCUUAAGAAUAGGGUGCUUCUUAGUCAUUGCAUUUUCCUAUCUGAAGAUCCUCAAAACGUGCAUCAUCAAACAGGAGAAAAACAGUCGGAGCAAGGCCAUACAGACGUGCACCUCCCACCUCACCAUUUAUGUCCUCUUUGAGAUCUCCGGUUUAAUCAUCAUCUUGACCUACAGGCUGCAAGAGAUCAGCCCCAACGCCAAGAAGUUCUGCACCAUUUUUAUUUUCAUCGUGCCCCCCAUCAUCAACCCAAUCAUCUAUGGCAUCGCCACGAAAGAUAUUCGCACAAAUAUUGUUCAGUUUUUCAAAUCCACUGUCUCAACAAAAAUAGGGUAACCAGCCAGUAC